GAAAUGGCCCAUUGUCGCUUUCAAGAAUACACUCGGAAAUGAUUGAGGAAAUAAUCGAAGAUUUUCCGUUAGCUCAAGUCUUGAGGUGAUUGCUGCUUUGCACGGACACUCAAAAAGACACAUGAUCUCAAUUAAAUGAUGGACUCGAAUGAGUUUCUUUUGCAAGCGAUCAGAGAUAACAGUCAUUCACUAGAAUACAUAAAGAAUUUGCUGGCAUGUAAAGAAGUCUCUGUGAACUUUGUUAACCCACACAAUCAGCAAACAGCUCUCCAUGUUGCAGCAAGACGUGGAGAUGUUGAGCUUAUAAAAUUGCUGGUUUCUUUUGGAGCUCAUAUCAAUGGUGGAACUGUUGAUCUUAUGACACCUUUGCAUGAAGCGUGUCUUGGUGGUUAUCCUGAGGUGGUAGAUGUCCUGAUUGCCGAAGGAGCUAAUGUAAAUGCACGUAACAUAGAUGGAAGUACCCCACUGUGUUUUGCAUGUGCCAAAGGAUCAUUAAAGUGUGCUCAUCUUUUAAUAGAAGCUGGGGCUGAAGUGAAUCCUUCAUUGACAGUGACCUUCCCACCACUACAUGAGGCAGCAUUAAAUGGACACGUUCACUGCCUAGAAAUACUAAUGGAGAUGGGUGCUGACCUAGAGAAAUCGGAGAAUCAAUUUGGAACAGCUUUGCAUGUUGCCUGCCUUCGAGGUUACAUGGAAUGUGUGAGAAUUUUACUUCAUGCUGGGGCCAAUCCUAAUGCCAUUAAAAGACACCAAGCUCCUUUACAUACUGCAGCUCUGUGCGGAUAUGAAGAUUGCACCUCACUGCUUAUAGAUUACGGAGCAAAUGUUUACCAGAGAAACUUGCAGAGUAAAAGACCUGCAGACUUGGCUACUGAUACUGCGUGCAGAAAGAUACUUCAGACUAAAGCUGAAACUCCGCCCAGACUGCUUCAAAGCUGCCGCCUUUGCAUCCGACAGCAACUGGCACGCCCUCCAGCAGACAAGAUUCCCUUCCUACCCCUCCCUAGAAGCCUCAAGGAUUACCUCAACUACUAUCAUUGACACGUGGAUCAGGACGAACUAUAUUUGCAACCUCGAUCCCAGACUCCCUCUUCUUUGCCUCCCUUGUCGUCAAGGGAUGCCCCCACAUACGUAGCUCUUUUUCGCGCGAAGAUUUAGCUAUAGAGACCUUUAGAUCCACCUUUACCGCAAGCGUCUAACUGGAGUUUGAGGUUAGACGUUUGCCGUUCGAACUUAAAUCGAUUUAGAUCGGAGUAAAUUGGAGCGAACAGAAAUCAUCCUGUCAAUGCAUUGGAAAAAUAGUGUGUUUUCUAGCAUGUGUAGCUUUCUAAAGAAUUAAAGCAUCAUAAUUAAGCCGCCGCAAUAUUGGAUUUCAGAAACUUCAAGGGACGGCAUAAGAUAAACGCUGCCUACGUAGGAUCUACAAGAGAUCUGAUCAGCCAAAAAAAUUUGUUACGACAAACAAUAGACUGCAAGGCUGA